AAUUAUAUUUAUUUUUCUUUAAAUUUUGAUUUCUUCUCCACCUGAUUACGUGUGCGAAUACAAAAAACACUAACAAAAACAACGCCCAAUAUAAUGCUGACAACAAUUUUAUCGGUUGGUUUCGAUUGACACCCAAGGUGCGAAUAUUGAGACUUGAAUUGCACACUUGGAAUUGUGCUGGCAACAAGUGCGGCAGUAUUUUUUUCUAUUUCUUCGAUUGUUUACUUUCUUUUUCGGUGUUUUUUUUUUCUUUUUAUUAUUUUAUAGUUAAUUUUUUUAUUAUUGAAUUCUCUUCUUUCGGAAAACGCAUCUCAGGUUAAGGGAAAAACAUAUUGUGGAAGAAGGAAACAAAAAAGUAAAUAAACUUAUCGGGCAAAGUGAAAUGUGAAAUUUGCUGAUGUAACUGAUGAUCGUGCGUUUCAUUGAUAUCAUUGGAUUGUUGUCUUUUUUCUAAAGAAAAUUUAAAGAACUUUUAAAGCAAUUAAUAACUGUCUUAAAAACGUGUUAAUUUUUGUUGGUUUAGAAAAAAUUUGGGAGAAUAUACAACAGUUUUGUAAAAAAUGGCAAGCACAAAUUUACCCGCUAAACACGGCGCAAUGGAGAAAGGACUUCACGAUCGGGAUCGUGUAGGUGUACAAGAUUCUGUUUUAUUAGAAAACUAUCAAAGCGAAGAUGCAUUUAUUGACAAUUUAAGAAAACGUUUCCAAGAAAAUCUAAUUUAUACAUACAUCGGCCAGGUGUUGGUUUCUGUGAACCCUUACAAAGAGCUUCCAAUUUAUUCAGAAAAUGAAAUCAAGGAAUAUAGAAACAGACACUUCUUUGAAGCACCACCACAUGUCUUUGCAGUAACAGACAAUGCCUUCAGAUCACUCAUCGAAGAGAAUAAAGCACAGUGUGUGCUUAUCUCAGGUGAAAGUGGUUCUGGCAAAACAGAAGCCUCAAAAAAAGUACUCCAAUACAUUGCUGCUGCUUCUGGCCAUCAAACAACCAUUGAAGGUGUUAAAGACAAACUUUUAAAGAGUAAUCCAGUUUUAGAAGCUUUUGGAAAUGCCAAAACCAAUCGCAAUGACAACUCAUCCCGUUUCGGCAAAUACAUGGAUGUACAAUUUGACUUCACUGGAGUUCCAAUUGGUGGCAAUAUUUUGAACUAUCUUCUUGAGAAAUCUCGUGUGGUACAUCAAAACAAUGGCGAAAGAAAUUUCCAUAUUUUCUAUCAGCUUUUAGCUGGUGCUAGUGAUGAACAAUUAAAAGAUUUACAAUUGAAAAGGAAUUUGGAUAGUUAUUAUUAUUUGAGUGAUGGGGAAAAAGGUGCAGUUCCACGAAUUAAUGACAAAGCUAACUUUAACACCAUCAAAGAAGCCAUGAGCAUUAUUGAUUUUACUGAUGAGGAACAAAGAGAGAUCUUUAACAUUGUUGGUAGUGUCUUGCACAUGGGUAAUGUAGGCUUCACGGAGGAAGAAGGUCAUGCCAAGAUUUUGAAACCUGAAUCAGUGGCAGCUGCAGCUAAGCUCCUUGGAUGCAACGUUGAGGAGCUCUCCUCUGCCUUAACCCAUAGAACAAUCGAUGCCCAAGGUGACGUUGUCACUUCACCACUUAGUCGUGAAAUGGCUAUUUACGCCCGUGAUGCUUUGGCCAAGGCAGUUUAUGACCGCCUCUUCACUUGGUUAGUUCACCGACUAAAUGUCUCUCUUCAAGCCAAGGACGUUCGUGCAGCCCGAAAAAAUGUCAUGGGUAUCCUUGAUAUUUACGGUUUCGAAAUCUUCCAAAAGAACAAUUUUGAACAAUUCUGUAUCAAUUUCUGCAAUGAAAAACUACAACAACUUUUUAUCGAACUUACUUUAAAAUCCGAACAGGAAGAAUACAACCGCGAAGGUAUCGAAUGGGUUCCUGUAAAGUACUUUGAUAACAAAGUCAUUUGCAAUCUGAUCGAAGAGAAAUACAAGGGAAUUAUUUCAAUUUUGGAUGAAGAGUGUUUGCGUCCUGGUGAGCCAACAGAUUUGACAUUCUUAGCUAAGCUUACCAACCAAUUGGGUAAUCAUCCACAUUAUAUCUGCCAUCACAAGGCCCCAACUCAAGUUCAAAAGACCAUGGGUCGUGAUGAAUUCCGUUUGGUUCACUAUGCCGGAGAUGUGACUUAUAACGUGGUUGGAUUUUUAGAUAAAAAUAAUGAUCUUUUGUUUAGAGAUUUGAAAGAAACAAUGAGCAAAGCUGAAAAUACUAUUGUCAGAGCUUGUUUCCCAGAACAGGAAUACCUUUCGAAAAAGAGACCUGAUACUGCAGUGACUCAGUUUAAGAUCUCCCUCAACAAUUUGAUGGACAUUCUUAUGUGUAAAGAGCCAUCUUACAUUCGUUGUAUCAAACCUAAUGACCAACAAGCUCCUGGUAUCUUUAAUGACAGUUUGGUCCUACAUCAAGUUAAAUAUCUUGGUUUGAUGGAAAAUUUGAGAGUUCGUAGAGCUGGUUUUGCAUACCGGCGAACUUAUGAAAUGUUCCUACAAAGAUACAAAUGUUUGUCGAAAAAAACUUGGCCAAAUUACCAAGGUCCAGCGAAAAACGGUGUUGAAACCCUUGUUAAAGAAAUCGGUUUCGGACCCGAAGAUUACCGAUUGGGUCAGACUAAGAUUUUCAUACGAUUCCCCAAGACUCUCUUCGAUACUGAGGAUGCAUUCCAAGCUAAGAAACAUGAUGUUGCUGCUAUUAUUCAGUCACAUUGGAAGGGACGAAAACAACGCCAGGUCUAUCUUAAGCUUCGAGAGAAUACAAUUGUCCUUCAAUCUUAUUGUAGGCGGUUCUUAGCUAUUCAAGCUGCUAAAAGACGACGAGAAGCUGCUGAUAAGAUUCGGGCAUUCAUUAAGGGAUUCAUUACUAGAGAAGAUCCACCAAAUGGUUUAAAUGAAGCCUUCAUUGCCAAUGCUAAAAGAUCAUGGCUUAUGAGAUUAUCCAAAGAGCUACCAACAAAAGUGCUGGACAUGAGUUGGCCAUCAGCUCCGAAACAUUGCCAAGAAGCUUCUACAUACCUCCACAGAGUACAUAGGCUUCAUUUAGCAAGACUUUAUCGUCAGCAGUUAAGUAAUGAAAAGAAACAUCAAUUCGAACUGAAAGUUACAGCUGAAAAGGUCUUCAAAGAUAAAAAGAAGAAUUAUCCCCAAAGUAUUGCCAAAUGGUUUAAUGAAGAUCGCAUCCCCAAGGAACAUUCGAAUCCUGUUAGUAAUUUUGUAACAUCAACUUUGGGCUCUGAGGAACUUAAAUAUGCCUCGUCCUGUGUGAAAUUUGAUCGACAUGGUUAUAAGCCAAGAGAUCGAUUUGUCCUACUUAGCAACAAAGCUAUUUACCUACUUGAUGCAAAGACUUAUAAACAAAAGCAUCGACUGCCAUUGGAUAAAAUUGAUUUUGUCCUCACAAAUCACAGCGAUUCACUGAUGUUGGUUCGAAUUCCAUUAGACUUAAAGAAAGACAAGGGUGAUCUAAUUCUUGAGAUUCCUGCUAUUAUUGAAUGUUGUACGUAUAUUAUUCAUACAGUUGGUACAGCGAACAUAAUCAGUAUUGUGGAUAGAGAUUCAUUGGAGCACAAUGUUGUUAAGGGCAAGUCUGGUGUUAUAGAUAUUCAAACAGGAGGACAGCCUGGUAUCAAUAGAGACAAAAACGGACAUCUAGUUGUUAUUGCUGGACAAUAAACAACUUGCAAAUGUUUUUUAAACAAAAAAAAAAAAACUUUUACUAACAAAACCUAACCAAGGAGAGACCUCUUAAAGAUGGCUUUAACUAUAAUAUUUUUGUGUUAAAAAUUAAAUUUAUACAACGAAGACAAUUUUUUUUCUUAAGUAUUUAAUGAAAAAAAAAAAAAAAUAAAUAAAUAAAAUUAUAAUAAGAUGAAACUGCACACUUAAUAAUUAUAAAAAAAAAUAAAGAAAAACAAAAUACAUUCUACUUUUUAAUUUAAAUAAAAACAUAGUUUUUGUGUGCCAUUUGAGUAAUAUGUGCGAUUGGUAGCAUU